CUUAUUAUCCACUACUGAUGUUCAAGCCAUUGAUGUUUCCCUCACUCUAAUAAGUCCUUCUCACACCCACUCACACUGCCUCACCCCACUUGGCAUCAUCCCACCCCAGCCAUGUCGAUGCUCCAGAGGUCCGCGUCCACAGACUCCUCUGCGGAGAGUCUAAGGAAACGCGUGUGCAAAGCGUGUGAUCGUUGCCGGCUCAAGAAGAGCAAAUGCGACGGUGCUCAUCCAUGCACGCGUUGCAAGGCAGACAACGCCAUUUGCGUCUUUGGUGAGAGGAAGAAGUCACACGACAAAGUCUACCCCAAGGGAUAUGUGGAGAUGCUGGAGCAACAACAAGGCCAACUCGUCUCAGGCCUGCAAGAAAUGUACCACCGACUGCUGGCCGGCGAACGAUGGACCGGCGCACGCCUCUCCGAAGCAGCCGGCCACCCACUCACCCACGACAUCCUCGCCGCCCUCAACCUCCUCGAGGCCAAGGACGACGGCAGCGGCGAAAUGGAGACCUUCGAGGACGACUGCGAGAAGCUGCAGGCGCGCCUGUACCGCGCCGGCGCCCCGUCCGUAGCGCGCAAGGGCUCCUUCAGCUCCGACUCCGACCACAGCCAACACAGCCACAGCAUCUCGAGCGCGCGCAACACCCCGCGCCUCCCCUCCAAACAGGCCAUCUUCAAAGAAGCCUUCACCUUCUCGCCCUCCCCAUCUCCCGCGCCCCGAAGCCCCGCGCCCCGCCAGCGCAACUCUUACCCCCCACCCCGACAGUCUCCCCUCCACCAACUCGCCUCCAACCAAGACGCCCACAAUCCCGCCACCGCCAUCAACACCAACGACCCCCAGCUCUACCAAGCCGAUUGGGCGUUCCCCAUGCUCGACAACUCCGCCGACCCCCUCAUGCGAUCAAAGUACUCCCUCCCCACCCCACCCGCCCUGGACCCCACCUUCCCCGACGACCUCGGCGAUCUCAUGAACAACGCCGCAUGGAUGGACUCGGCGGACGGCAGCAUGGCAUCCUACUCCACGUCGCAGUUCAAUUUCAACAUGCCGGACUUUGGUGGCAACGGGCCGAGCGCACACGUCGAUCCCAUGGACCUGGAGUUCAAUAGGUGGAUACAAGUGCAGACGUGAGGGGAGCAUCGGGGCAGGAUGCAAAUGCUUUUCUUGUUGCUGCGUUCAAGCGAGAACACCUUGUGUGGGUGUGUGAUUUGAUGGGUGAUAAGUGGGGAGGCAAUGACGGAACCCGGUGUUUAGGGCUCGAGGGGAUUACAGGACGGCGGCGCACUUUGCCUUAUCGUUGCACGUACUUUUCUAGUGUCACGUUGGCCGAGAUAUCCAAAUCCAAAAGUUGUCUACUGGCACGCAUUUUGGCUGAAUCGUGCUCUAUCCCGUUUGGAAGGGUGGUGACAGCUGUCAUGGAUAAAUACAUCGGCUCCACUCUCUUACUACACCCGCUCCUCCAAAUCACCAC